AUGGAAAUUCUCCAUGAUGACGUGAAAAACUCUAGGCUUAUGGUGUAUGCCCAACAAAUUGAGGAGUCAAAACUCAAGAGAAAGAAUAGGGAGGUAAAAAGAACUAGUUCUGAUGAACAUGGUCAACCAAAGUUCAAAAAGAGGUCGUCCAACCAAGAUUCCCCAAUAGUCAACAAGGAUAGGGUGUCUAACCCUAAAUCUCAAGGAGGAAAUGGAGGUGGUUCUUCUUUUGAGAGAUCUACAUGUGCCAAAUAUGGGAAGCAACAUGUGGGUAAGUGCCUAGCCGGCACAGAUGGGUGCUUUGGGUGUGGAAAGAAAGGUCAUAAGAUGAAAGAUUGCUCGACUCUCAUGGCAAAAGGGAGAGAGGCUAAGCAAGCUUCUUCUAGUGCACCAGUUCUCAUUCCUCCAAAUUAUGGUCGCUUAUAUGCACUUCGGUCUAGAGAGGAGAAAGGAGUCUCUACGGAAGAAGACAUCAAGAUGGAGUUGACGUUUCCUCCUUUGAAUUUUGCCUGA